GCGGCGGCUCCGCUGGAAGAGCUGGCACGGGAGGAAAAGGAGGAAAAGCCCAGGAGAAGCCCCGAAGCCGCCAGCGCUGAGCCGCGGUCAUGGGCAGCCACCCCGCCGUGCUGCUGGCGCUCGCCCUCUGCGCCCUGCUGGAAGCCGGUCUGGGCCAUCCCCCGGCCGAGUCGCACCUGGCCGCGCGGCCGAGGAGCAAGCGAUGUUCCUGCAACAGCUGGCUGGAUAAGGAAUGCAUCUACUUCUGUCACCUGGACAUCAUCUGGGUCAACACACCUGGGCACACCGCUCCCUACGGCUUGGGCAGCCCGCCAAGGCGGCGCAAGAGGUCCGCGGGCAGGUGCGAGUGCUCGCACUCCAGGGACAGCAUCUGUGCCACCUUCUGCCAGGGCAGGCCUGGGUACCUUCAGAGCCUGAAGCUCCCUGUGAGCUCUGGAGCAUCAGCGAGGUCUCUGCAGAGCGGUGCCACGAGGCCUCCCCAUCAUGGGCUGCUGAGAGCUCUCAGGGACCUCAGGGUCUCCAGCCCGCACUCCAGCAAACACCAGCAGCACUCACGGAAGGACACACAGCCACCAGCUCUGCCUUGGGAAAAAAACAUCUGGAAGAAGAAGAGAUAAGAGAUAGGUGCACACCAAGCUCACCAGAAGAAUUUGGAGUCCUGUGGGUGCCACCAGCUCUGCUGUCCGUUGUUAGAGCUGAAGGGAAGGCCAUGAGUGGAAGGGAAGGAAGUGGAAGUCUCCGUGUUCCUGCUGCAUGAACCAGCGCUCAAGGGACUGCUGCAAAGGGAAAAACUGUCUCUCCAUCCAGUCAGAGAAGUGUCCUGGAGCUGAAUUGUGCCUUUUUGGAUCAGGCAAGGGUCGUGCUGGAGCAGCACCAGCUGGAUUGUGCCCUGGAGCCCUCAGCAGGGGCUCAGCCAGGAGUUCUGGGCAGGGCUGGACCAGACAGCACUGAGCCUGACACUGCCCUGGGCUGCUCUGCCUGGAGCUGUGCAAGCCUGGCCCAUCCAGAGGGGUUUGGCUGCUCGCUGCAGUCAGGGAGGAGCUGCCUCCAGCCCGAGCCCACCUUUGCACUAUUUUCUCCUGUCAGUCAGAUGGAUGAG